AUGCCGGUCUUUACUGAGCAUUCCUCCUCAUCUCGGGACUUGAGAGUCCUACCAUCAUUUGCACCACCACUACCCCGACUAGCACCCCCAUUCAAGCGCGAUGAUAAAGACGAAGAGAAAUAUGAAGUAGUCGUGGUUGGCGCCGGACCAGCAGGCCUAAUGCUAACACUCCUCCUCUCCCGCUACGGCCUAACCUCCACCUCCCUCCUCAGCAUAGACACAAAACCAAGCACUCAAAAAACCGGCCAAGCAGACGGCCUACAGCCACGCACACUAGAAGUCCUCAAAACCCUCGGUCUCUCCACCGAAAUCGAGAACGAAGCGUGCCAAAUGUGGCAAUUCGCAUUCUGGAACCCGUCGUCAGAUCCAGAGAAAGUGAUCGAGCGCACAUCCGUUGUGCCGGAGAUUAUCCCGCCAGCGUGGUUCCGCUACGAGGCUACCAUCCACCAGGGACGUGUCGAGCGUAUCAUGGAGACGGAUUUGCUUAGGUACUCUGAGCGUGGGAUUUUAAGGAAUACGGAGGUUGUGGAUGUUGGGAUUGAUGAGGAUGGGGAUGGGGAGUUCCCUGUGCUGGUGACUAUGGUUACGGAUGGUGUUGAGAAGAUAGUGCGCGCGAAGCAUGUUGUUGGUGCGGAUGGGGCGCAUUCGGUUGUGCGGCGGUGUAUGGGGCUGUCGCUGGAGGGGGAGUCGUUGGAUCAUAUCUGGGGUGUGGUUGAUGUGGUUGUUGAGACGGAUUUCCCGGAUAUUCGACGUCGGUGUGCGAUUCAUUCUCCGGCUGGAUCUGUUAUGGUUAUUCCUAGAGAGAGGAUUUCGACCGGUGAAUACCUCACAAGGCUCUAUGUUCAGGUUCCGGGGGUUAUGGAGGAGGGUGAGCAAAUGCUGGAUGGAGGAGAGGGUGGUAUGUCUGGGGAUGCUCGGCAGCGGAGAAGUAAGAUUACCCUCGAGGGGAUUCUGAAACAAGCUGCUGAUGCGAUCAAACCGUACUCUCUCUGUGCUAAGGAGGAUGCUGUCGACUGGUGGGCUGCGUAUCAAAUUGGCCAGCGUGUUUCGCCUGAGUUUAUCGUCAAUGAUUCAAAGGGGGUUGCAAGGGUUUUCAUUGUUGGAGACGCCUGCCAUACACAUAGUCCGAAAGCUGGCCAAGGCAUGAACGUCUCAAUGAUGGACUCCUACAACCUAGCCUGGAAACUCAUAUACCACAUUAACGGGCUCGCACCAGAACCGGCCGGUCCUAGCCCAGCCCCAUUACUUGAGACAUACCAGACAGAACGGCACGAAAUAGCGCAACAGCUCAUCGACUUCGACCGGAAGUUCUCCACCAUGUUCUCAGGGCAAAUGGGCGCAACCGAAGGUCUGACCCAAGAAGAGUUCCAGCAGGCUUUCAAACUCGGCAAUGGCUUUACCAGCGGCUGUGGCGUGGAAUACCCAGAGAACAUGCUAGUUGUCCGCGAUGAGCUAGACGAUGGUGUCGAGAGAAGACGUCCAAACCCCAUCAAGGGGACGGAGUAUAUAUCUGGCAUCCUGAGACCGGGCCGGAGAUUGCUUAAUGUCCGAUUGCUGCGGCAUGCUGAUGGGUGGCAGCGGGAUAUUCAUGAUGAUAUCCCCUCCACUGGCCGGUUCCGCAUUCUAUGUCUCACAUCGACGGACCUUCUUGAUCGAAGAAGUGUUUCUGUACAGACAUUGGAAAAAGUCGCUCUGCUUGAAGCGCAGUUCCCGAAAUCGACUGUUGAGCUGAUUAUCCUGCAUCCCCGGCUGCAUCGGUCUUUUGAGUGGAAGGACGUGCCGACUUGUGUGAAGCAGCAGGCUGAGAUGCGUUUCUAUAAUGGGUCGGCUUUGGAUAAUGCGUAUGGUAUCUAUGGUGUGGACCCGGCACAGGGUGCAUUGGUGGUGGUUAGACCUGAUGGUUAUGUUGGUGUUGUUGCUUGUCUUGAUGACGUGCAGAGGGUGGGUGGAUAUCUGAAGCAGUGUAUUCGGACUGUCAUGUAA